UUUUAAUUCUUAUUCCCCCAUUUUUCAAAAAGGAAAAAAAAAUCUUAUUCGCCCUAAAUUGAAUUCGCAGAAACAGAAUCACAUCCCAAUUCCUUUACCUUUCCCCAAUUCCCAUUCCCUGCCCUAAUCGGCUGCCGCCUUGUGCCCCAACGCCGACGCCACCAGCCCGCACCGCCGCUCGGCACUCGGCGCUCGCAUCCCGCCGCCGCAGGUCCAGCGCGGAAGCCCUACCCCACCAUCCACCAGCUCAUCUCCAGCUCGGCGUCCACUACUAGUGCUAAGUUGAGCAGCAUGGAUGUUGAAGUCGACCAUUAUGAUGUUCUGGGGCUGCCUUCGGGCGAGGAAGGCGCCCGACUCUCGGACCAAGAGAUCAACAAGGCUUACCGGUCAAAGGCGAGGGAGCUGCAUCCCGACAAAAGACCCGAUGACCCCAACGCACAUGCUAAUUUUCUGAAGCUUCAAAACUCUUAUCAAGUUCUCAAGGAUGGAAAGGCGAGGAAGCUGUUUGAUGAUCUACUUAGAAUAAAGAAGGAGAAGGCUCAGCGGCAGGGGCAGCAAGAUUCCAAGCGCAGGAAGAUGAUGUCGGAUCUUGAAGAACGAGAGCGCUCUGCUUUUGCAGUCGACCCCAUUGUGAAGGCUCGAGAGGAGGAGGAGAGGAUAUCUCGGCAGCUGAAGCAGGAGAUUGCUAGAAUUAUUGCUAUGCAUUCGAACAAGAAGCCGGCUGCUGCAGCGCCUCCCAAGCGAGAUGCAGAAGCCGGGCCAGCAGAUGGUGGAGGUAGUGAUGGGUUGGACAAGGCAAAGGUUCUCAAAGUCUCGUGGGAGAAGGUUGGGGAAGGUUACACGGCCCAGAGGCUCCGUGAGAUAUUCGGGGAAUUUGGCUCCGUGGAAGAUGUAGUCAUCAAGAGUUCGAAGAAGAAAGGUUCGGCUCUUGUGGUGAUGGCAUCCAAGGAUGCUGCCAUUGCUGCAACGGGGAAUGUGUUGGGGGAUCUUUCGAAUCCUCUCCUUGUCGUGCCUCUUCAACCUGCCUCAUCGCCUGCCGUGUUUAGUGCUGAGAAAAACGAGCGUGAGGAUCCGAAAUUAGGCAAUCUUGUUGGUGCCGGGUAUCAGGAUUAUGAAGAUUCAGUUCUGGAAAAAAUGAAAAGGGCUGCGCAGAAGCAAAAGUGACUCGUUAAAAGGAUCUCGGAGGUGCCAAGAAGAAGAGGUACACUGUGUAGCAUUGAGAGAUUGCAUUUAAACUUAUAUUGCUAUCUGUUUUAGACAAAAGGUAGCUACAAUUAUUCUUGUUUACAUUCAUAAAUGCCUCUGUGUCCCAUUGAGAAACUAGCCACAUACUUAGGUUUAAAGGUCCCGAUACGGUUUGAUCCUUCUACGUUACCAAAAGGCUCGAAGGCUCUCUACUUAUGCGGAACAUGCUAGUGUUGUAAAGUAAUGUUGUGUUAAGAUAUGUCAGAAUUCUAAGGUAGCAGGUUUCUAAUCCGAUUUGAUGGUCAGGAAAUGGGUAGUUUUAUGUUGAAAAUUUGAAAUUUUUAUGGUAGUUUCUUUGUACACAGCUAUUUGAGUUUCCAUUCUGAUUCGAUUGACAUGAAUGUUCUUGGCAAGAUGUAGCUUUUUUCUUAAUUUCAUGAUUGAAUUACUUGGUGCUAAA